AUGUUGUCGUUGUUGGGUCGCGGUGAUAUUCGCCAUAAUUUGCUGCUGGUAGUGUGUCUAGCAACCUCCUACCUAGCCCAGGAUGUCUCUUCGCAACUGGUUGGAUGUGAUGUUCUCGGAUGUCAGAAUGGCUGCCAUUUGGGGAAUGUCACCACCUCGUUUAUCGGCACCACGUUCUUCAACACCACUGUAUCGCCGGAUGCGCCUCUUACAUGGACCGUGGGAGCAUCGACCCAGGAGAGCUCCAGCAAUUCGACAGAGCUGGAGUUCGUCAAGAACUUCUACCUUGGGUAUCCAUCCUCGGCGAAAAUUGCCAGCACAUCGGAAAUUGUGGGUUGUGCAUUGUUCUUUGAAGGCAUCGCAAAGAGCAUUACACUCAACGGCACUCUUGAAUACGGCCCCGUCACUUGCGGCCAGACACUUGGGGAUGAUUGUGUCAAUGAUCUUGUGUCGCAAGCCCAGCGACAGGUCAAGAGUCUUAGCGACCCCAGCGACAGCAACACCGCUUCCGUCUGCUUCACUUUACAGGCCAGACUGGAGGCACAACCGCCGGCCUCGUGUCGGUCUACGGCCACAGUGACCUGGGGGAAUGUUGUCGCAAAAGAGAUCUCUGGUGCCGGUGUGAGACUUGAUCCGAUCAAGCAAACAAGCUGUCAUCCCUCCACUGGCGGCUCUGAUUAUGAUAUUGCUCUCGUUGAAGUGCAGACGGUUACAUCAGAGGAUGUGUCGAGUGACAACGCGCCAUUCGCCUUCAGCAUGACGCCUGUGCUGACCGUCUUUUUCAAUUCAUCCGGAGCAAAUCCGGGAUCCUCGGCCUUACCCGAAGCACAUCUUUCCUGCCUCAAGGUCGUCCAGGAUUCCUCCCUAACCCAGUCCACUACGAAUACCGCCGCAUCGUCGGUACCACGUUUGCCUUGUCUCAUGGCGAUGUCAGUACUUGCAAUGAGUGCUGUUGCAUUCGUCUGA